GCGUGGACCAGCACCGCCACAUCGAGCGCACGCUCGAGCAGCUCCUGGAGAUUAAAGGGGCCAUGGAGGAGCUCAGCACCACGCUGGACCAGGCUGAAAGCGUGCGUGAAACCUGGGAGCCCAUUGGGGACCUCUUCAUUGACUCCCUGCCGGAGCACAUCCAGUCGACCAAGCUGUUCAAAGAGGAGCUCUCCCCCAUGAAGGACGGGGUGAAAGUGGUCAACGACCUUGCACACCAGCUCGCCAUCUCGGAUGUCCACCUGUCCAUGGAGAACUCCCGCACGCUGGAGCACAUCAACACGCGAUGGAAACAGCUGCAGGCCUCCAUAAACGAACGCCUGAAGCAGCUCCAAGAUGCCCACCGGGAUUUCGGACCGGGCUCCCAGCACUUCCUCUCCUCCUCCGUUCAAAUCCCUUGGGAACGAGCCAUUUCCCCCAAUAAAGUGCCCUACUACAUCAACCACCAGGCCCAGACAACUUGCUGGGACCACCCGAAGAUGACAGAGCUCUACCAAACGCUGGCGGAUCUGAACAACAUCAAGUUCUCGGCGUAUCGGACGGCCAUGAAGCUGCGGCGGGUGCAGAAAGCCUUGCGAUUGGACAUGGUGACCCUGAGCACCGCCCUGGAAGUCUUCAACGAGCACGACCUGCAGCCCAGCGAGCGGGCGAUGGACGUGGUCGAAGUCAUCCACUGCCUCACCGCCCUCUACGAGCGGCUCGAGGAGGAACGGGGCAUCCUCGUCAACGUGCCGCUCUGCGUGGACAUGAGCCUCAACUGGCUGCUCAACGUCUUCGACAGUGGUCGCAGUGGGAAGAUGAGGGCCCUCUCCUUCAAGACCGGCAUCGCAUGUCUGUGCGGGACGGAGGUCAAGGAGAAGUUUCAGUAUCUCUUCAGCCAAGUGGCCAACCCCGGGGGCCUGUGUGACCAGCGGCACCUGGGCGUCCUGCUCCACGAGGCCAUCCAGGUGCCCCGCCAGCUGGGAGAGGUGGCGGCGUUCGGCGGCAGCAACGUGGAGCCCAGUAUCCGCAGCUGCUUCCGCUUCAGCAACGGCAAGGGCGCCAUCGAGGCGUCCCAGUUCCUGGAAUGGGCCAACCUGGAGCCGCAGUCCAUGGUGUGGCUGGCCGUGCUGCACCGCGUCACCAUGGCCGAGCAGGUGAAGCACCAGACCAAGUGCUCCGUGUGCCGGCAGUGCCCCAUCAAGGGCUUCAGGUAUCGGAGCCUGAAGCAGUUCAACGUGGAUAUCUGCCAGACCUGCUUCCUCACGGGACGAGCCAGCAAGGGCAACAAGCUGCACUACCCCAUCAUGGAGUACUACACGCCGACCACGUCCAGUGAGAACAUGAGGGACUUUGCCACGACGCUGAAGAACAAGUUUCGAUCCAAGCAGUACUUCAGCAAGCACCCGCAGAGGGGCUACCUGCCUGUGCAGUCCGUGCUGGAGGCCGACUUCUCAGAGACACCAGCCUCCUCCCCGAUGCUGCCACACGCUGACACGCACUCCCGGAUUGAGCACUUUGCAAGCAGGCUUGCGGAGAUGGAGAGCCAGAACUGCUCCUUCUUCAACGACAGCCUGUCCCCCGACGACAGCCUGGACGAGGAGCAGUUCCUGCUGCGCCACUCCAGCCCCAUCACCGACAGGGAGCCGGCGAGCGGGCAGCAGGCCCCGCGCAGCCUCAACACGGAGGACAAGGGCGAGCUGGAGCGGAUCCUGGCCCACUUAGAGGACGAGAACAGGAUCCUGCAGGGAGAGCUGCGGCGGCUCAAGUGGCAGCACGAUGAGGCUGUGGAGUGCCCGAGCUUGGCCGCGGGCUCCCCGGAGCUGCUGCCGGACCCGCGCAACGAGGAGCUCCUGGCGGAAGCGCGGAUCCUCCGGCAGCACAAGAGCCGCCUGGAGACCCGCAUGCAGAUCCUGGAGGACCACAACAAGCAGCUGGAGUCGCAGCUGCAGCGGCUGCGAGAGCUGCUGCUGCAGCCCCCAGCGGAGUCCGAUGGCAACGGCUCGGCACCUUCCUCCUUGGCCUCGUCCCCGCAGCAGUCCGAGGGCAGCCAGGCGAAGGAGCGGGAGCACGACACCCCSGACACGGAGGCUGCAGACGAGGUGGAGGCCAAGGCCCAGGACGUCAGCGUGUGCCUGGAGGAUAUCAUGGAGAAGCUGCGCAGCGCCUUCCCCAACUCCCGAGGUAUGACCUCCCUUAUCUAACACCUCCGGCCAGCCAGAGGCUUUCCCUAACCAGCUGCCUGGCUGCUUCCCGCCCUCCUUCCCUGCCUCCUUCCCUCCUAACGCCAUGCCAUGGUCCUGGGCCGGCCCCACGCCAGCCCCGCCAGCGCCAGGAGAUCUCAGGGCAACGUCAGGGACCUGCGGGCUCCCCUGCGCUCUGCCAUAGGCUUGGACAGCACCCAGGCUCGGACUSCCCUGGGCUGCCAAGGAGGUCGAAGCCGUGGAGCCCCCGUCCUGCUCCGCUCUCAUGGGGGACACGGAUCUCAGCACCCUCCUCAGUUUGGGUUCUACCUGGUGCCGCCCACGUUUGUGGGCACUAAAACACUCCUGCAAAAGCCCCCUGGGCUUUAAACUCUUUUUUUAACACCAUSCAGCUACCGGCUUUAUGGACAGAGCGCCCAGGGCCGCUCGCACUGUGUGGCGGGGAGAGGGUCCGAGGGAUACGGGGUUGGGAGGAGUCCGUGUCCGAGCUUCAGCCCAGCUAGUAGCCUUAUCUGGAGAGGAGCUUUAUAACGGAGCCUUACCAUUUAAUUUGCAUAUAUUUCUAUAUUAUAUAUAUAUUCUGUACUUAAAUACUCUCAUGGACUCACUCCAUUAAAUUCUAACACGGUGUGRAGCGGCACUCGUGCGUGACUGUUGCAGUCCAGCCCAACACGCGCUCCUGCUCCCCGUGCCGCCUCGGAGCAGGGAGGCCGGAGGGGGCCCCAGUCCCCCCUGGAUUUUUGGGGGGAGCAGUGCACAGAGAGCCUGUUCUCGAUGCUCCUUCCUCCACGGAUCCCCUCUUAUCCUGGCUUUAUGUGCCCUGCUCCCCCGGAGCUGCGGCGAUGUUGGGCUGGACACAGGAGCGGAGCAGAGGGGCC